CACGGCGCAGAAGCAGGCGAGCUGGCGGUGCGGCAGGCGCAGCACGCUGAGAGCAUGGCCUCCCGGGAGCGAGCGGCCGCCUCCAGGCUGCGCGGGGACAAGUCCCGGCCCCCCACGGCCGCCGCCGUCCCCACGGACGUUGUCCCCGGGCGCCUGAGCGAGGCGCAGUGGCUGGCGCUGGUCGCGGCUGAGGAAGGGGAUGAGGAUGUGGGGGACGUCCUGGCGGAGCUGCUGGGCCGCGUGAUGGAGGAGUGCUUCCACGUCUACCUGGCUCGGCAGCGCGUGCCCUUCACCGUGAGCCAGGCGAGGGACGCCAUGCUGCAGGUCGCCGCGUGGCGCUUCCUGGCGCGGGACGAGGGGGAUGCGGAGCUGCGGGGGGACGGCGCCUGGCAGGAGGACGAGGAGCCCGCGCCCUGCGCCAUCGACACCUGGGCUCAGGGCUCGGUUCCCGUCCUGCAGGAGCAUCCGUCCCCGCGCCCGGGGGACAGAGAGGUCUCCAGCACCGACACCGUCCUGUCCGAGGCCGAGUGUGCCUCCUCAGCGCCCCGCGGCGUGCCAGCACCUUCCCACAUGCCUCUGCCGCAGGACGGGGAGCUCACCGCUCCCCAGCCACCCAGGGGAAGAUCCAGCAGCUCCCAUGGCCCAGCACCACGACCAGCCCCGCUCAGCCCUGCCACGGCACGGCCCCGCCGCCAGGCCCGGCACCAGCCCAGGCCCUUGCCCGGCCUCGAGAGCCCGAAGCCCCUGGCACAGAGGGAGGCUGGCAGCGCGGCGGAGGACGGCGGGGACGGACUGCUGCUGCCUCUCUCCUGCAGACCCCUGGUGAAGAUCCAGACGGGGAGGCCCCCGCACAGCAAGGCGAGGGCGUGCGAUAAGCCCGGCACCACGCUGGGAACCUCCCGGCUGGACCCCGACAGGUGCUGGAUCCGGCCCCAGGUGGAGGUGCUGGACCCGGGCGAGGAGGCCAAGUGGCAGCCGUGUCCCCCAGCCGCCCGCCGGCACAGCCGGGAGCCUCGGAGCCCCGCCGUGCGGUGUGAGGGGCCGGGCAGCUCGCUGCCCCCCCUGGGGCUGGCAGCUGCGGGGGGAGCACGGCCCCUGGUGCCUGCCCCGGGGGCCCGGCAGCCCAGCAGCCCCCAGCCCCCAGAGCUGGGCUCCUUGCUGGGUGCCGUCCGGCUGGCCCCCGGCGUCACCAUCAGGCGCGGCAGCGGCGAGAGACAUGGACUCUGCCUCCCUGCGCGCCAUGAGGAGGAGGAGGAGAUGGGGGAGGCCAGGCGGGACCUGAGGCCCCUCCGCCCCACCGUGCCCUUCCCCACUGUCGCGGUGAGCCAGGUCACCGGCUAUGGCCCGCAUUGAAUGCAGCACCCAUCCGACACC